UGCGGGCGGGGUCGGAGCUGGGCCUUCGUGACGUUGAAGCCGCCGUCCCCGCACGCUCAGGCCAGGGCCUCCCUCUCGGGGCCGGGCCUCCGGCGGUGGCGUAGCCUGCAGAGCAGGGUAGUGAGCGGCCGCCGAGGCACAGACAGCAAUCCGGCGGGGGCGGAAAAUGGCGGCGGCUUCGGAGGAGCUAAAUGGCGCCGGGACCCCUGGGGGUGGGGUGGGCCGGGAAGAUGCCGGGGACGCGGAGAGUAAGGAAGCAUUCCUUGCUUUCGCGUGGGGUUCCUUUUUUUUUAUUUGUUAUCUUUUCUGCUGUAUUAUGUGGUCCCAUGAAGGAAGUGGGCUCAGGUGGGAUUGAGAGUUUGGGCGGGUCUCGCCCCACCCCACCCCCGUUUUUUCCUUUUACCUUGUUUGCGUCUUAGGCUUUUCUCCCAUCUGUAGUGUUCAUUCUCGCUCGGCUGUUGAUGGCCGAGGCGGAGGGGAUCGGGGCUGCUGGCCGAACCAUCUCUGUCAGGAGUCUUUUUUUUAAAAGGGAAAGACGGGCUGGAGUGCGGGGGAAAGAGUCCUAGACUGGCAAAGAACAGGAAAAUGCGUCUGCAAAAUAGGAAUUGUCCUAUUUUGCUGAAUUCGGAGGAAGUUUUUUUUUUCCCAUCUUCUUUAUCUUUUAAAAUAGACUGAGAAUUUUUUCAGGUAAUCUGCGGCAUAAAUUUGAAAAUAGAGGUGGUCAAGUGCCGUUUUAUGCAGUCGAAUGAUACAGCAUGUGUUUUCAGAAUAAAAAUAAUUCCGUGUAGAUAAGAAUACGUGAUAAAUCUACCAAUUAUGUAAGGCAGGACUCACUUUCCUGACUGAAUUUGGAAAUUCAAAUUCAGUAUGGUUCCUUUUCUCCAUUCAUCGUCGUGUACCUUCAUGACAGUAGUUGAUAGGCUCACCCCCAAAUAUGCUUUUUUGGACUGAUCUAGAACCUGCAUAUUCUGCGUGAAUCUCUUUAAUUGAUUGCAGUUGAGCUAGAUGGUGGAGCCAAAAUGCUAUUGCCCUGUCUUCAUCAAAAUCAAGUGUUGCAGAGGUAGGAACAUGGGGGAGAAACAAUCUGGAUAACAUGAAAGUGAUGCUGGUGGCUGAGGGAAGGCAACUCGAUUUUGUGGGAAGGGCUGUAGCUGAUCCAUCUGUUUUCUAGAUUUGAGUAUGAGCACAGUUGAAGAGGAUUCUGACACAGUAACAGUAGAAACUGUGAACUCUGUGACUUUGACUCGGGACACAGACGGGAACCUCAUUCUUCACUGCCCUCAGAAUGAAGCUGAUGAAAUAGACUCAGAAGAUAGUACUGAACCUCCACAUAAAAGGCUUUGUCUGUCUUCUGAGGAUGAUCAGAGUAUUGAUGAUUCUACUCCUUGUAUAUCAGUUGUUGCACUUCCACUUUCAGAAAAUGAUCAGAGCUUUGAGGUGACCAUGACCGCAACCACAGAGGUGGCGGAUGACGAGAUUACUGAGGGAACUGUGACACAGAUCCAGAUUCUACAGAAUGAGCAACUAGAUGAAAUAUCUCCCUUGGGUAAUGAGGAAGUUUCAGCAGUUAGCCAGGCAUGGUUUACAACUAAAGAAGAUAAGGAUUCUCUGACUAACAAAGGGCAUAAAUGGAAGCAGGGGAUGUGGUCCAAGGAAGAAAUCGAUAUUUUAAUGAACAAUAUUGAACGCUACCUGAAGGCACGCGGAAUUAAAGAUGCUACAGAAAUCAUCUUUGAGAUGUCAAAAGACGAAAGAAAAGAUUUCUACAGGACUAUAGCAUGGGGUCUGAACCGGCCUUUGUUUGCAGUUUAUAGAAGAGUGCUUCGCAUGUAUGAUGACAGAAACCAUGUGGGAAAAUAUACACCUGAGGAAAUUGAAAAGCUCAAGGAGCUCCGGAUAAAGCAUGGCAAUGACUGGGCAACAAUAGGGGCGGCGCUAGGAAGGAGCGCAUCUUCCGUCAAAGAUCGGUGCCGACUCAUGAAGGACACUUGCAACACAGGGAAAUGGACAGAAGAAGAAGAAAAGAGACUUGCCGAGGUGGUUCAUGAAUUGACAAGCACUGAGCCAGGUGACAUAGUCACUCAAGGUGUGUCUUGGGCAGCUGUGGCAGAACGAGUGGGUACCCGCUCAGAAAAGCAGUGUCGUUCUAAAUGGCUCAACUACCUGAACUGGAAACAGAGUGGAGGUACUGAGUGGACCAAGGAAGAUGAGAUAAAUCUCAUCCUCAGGAUAGCAGAGCUUGAUGUAGCUGAUGAAAAUGACAUAAACUGGGAUCUGUUAGCGGAGGGAUGGAGCAGUGUCCGUUCACCACAAUGGCUUCGAAGUAAAUGGUGGACCAUCAAAAGGCAAAUUGCAAACCAUAAGGAUGUUUCAUUCCCUGUCUUGAUAAAAGGUCUUAAACAGUUACAUGAGAAUCAAAAAAACAACCCAACGCUUUUGGAGACUAAAUCAGGAUCUGGAGUUCCAAACAGUAAUUCCAAUUCCAGUGUACAGCAUGUUCAGAUCAGAGUCGCCCGCUUGGAAGACAGUACAGCCAUCUCUCCAAGCCCUAUGACAGCCUUGCAGAUUCCAGUCCAGAUCACCCAUGUCUCUUCAGCAGACUCCCCUGCUGCUACUGUUGACUCGGAAACAAUAACACUAAACAGUGGGACACUACAGACGUUUGAGAUUCUUCCAUCUUUCCAUUUACAGCCCACUGGCACUCCAGGCACCUACCUACUUCAAACAAGCUCAAGCCAAGGCCUUCCCCUAACGCUGACUGCUAGUCCCACAGUAACGCUGACAGCUGCUGCUCCUGCUUCUCCUGAACAGAUCAUUGUUCACGCUUUAUCCCCUGAACACUUGUUGAACACGAGUGACAACGUCACAGUGCAGUGUCACACACCAAGAGUCAUCAUUCAGACAGUUGCCACAGAGGACAUCACUUCUUCCAUAUCCCAAGCAGAACUGACAGUGGAUAGUGAUAUUCAUUCAUCUGAUUUUCCUGAGCCUCCAGAUGCCCUAGAAGCAGAUACUUUCCCAGAUGAAAUUCAUCAGCCUAAGAUUACUAUAGAGCCGUCAUUUAAUGAUGCUCAUGUAUCCAAAUUCAGUGACCAAAAUAGCACAGAACUGAUGAAUAGUGUUAUGGUCAGAACAGAAGAAGAAAUCUCUGACACAGACCUUAAACAAGAGGACACACCCUCCCCUUUAGCCCGUGCUUAUGUUACUGAGGCUUUAGAGUCUCCUACCAUAGAAGAACAAGUUGAUCAAACAACAAUUGAUGAUGAAACGAUUCUUAUAGUUCCUUCACCACAUGGCUUUAUCCAGACAUCUGAUGUUAUAGACACUGAAUCUGUCUUGCCUUUGACAACACUAACAGAUCCCAUACUCCAGCAUCAUCGAGAAGAAUCAAACAUCAUUGGAUCAUCUCUGGGCAGUCCUGUUUCAGAAGACUCAAAAGAUGUUGAGGAUUUGGUAAACUGUCAUUAAGUAAUUCUUAGAAACGGGUAGUUCAGGCAAAGAAGACACACUGUUAAUUACAACAUCUCCAAAGAAAUAGGAGCAACCCCCAAGAGGCUUAAUUUACCAUUCCUCUGGCUUUUAAAUAGCUACAGUACUUAAGCCACAUCCAGUGUUGCUGCUAUGACUUUUUACCUCCUUUAAAUAUAUCAUCUGAGGUCUAGUCCUAUGACAGUGUCUAGCUGAGUGGAGCACAGGGGUCUUAACUGCAGAAAUCCUGGUGAGUGGUGUUACUGUCAGCAGGGAAGUUCAUUCGCUUUAGCUGAGGAGUUUAAAAUCACCAAAGCUUAACUACUGUUUUAAAAGCAGUAAUACUCAUCUCUAACGGUCAAACAUGGCGCUCUAUCCAGUCUCAAGUAAGCACGUUCAUUCAUAUUUCAGAGAAAUCACAUCAACAUGGUCUAGAGCUUACCAGUGACCUUCUCCACAAAGGUUAAGCAUCUUUUAAGUAGUUUGAGACUUGAGGUGAUUGUGUGGUGGUUACUUUUGGUUUACCCAUUGCUGGCAGUGAGAGCUGAUCUAGGCUGGGUAAAGAGGGAAGCAUUAAAAAAAAUGUUAAGAAAAAUUCACUACAGAUCUUUAAAAUAACUUUUAAAGGGAAUAUGGAUGAGAGUAGUAAAACAAUUCACCAGAAGCUAAGAGUUUUCACCCCCUCAGAACCCACUGUCAUCAGUUUACAAAGUUAGCAAGCACUUUGAAGUAAAACUAAAUGGGAAAGGAAGUAAAACUUGCCUAUAUAUAGAUACAUAUAUAUAUAUAUAUAUAUAUCUAUAUAUACACACCAUGACCUUUUCUUACAUGUUUUACUACAUAAAUUACUCAAGGAAUACUAGAGGGAGAGUAUCAGAGUUUGCCAUUCACUUAGUGCAUUAAUUGGUGGGGCUGUGGUAUAAAUUCUCCCUCUCAGGCAAUUUACAAAAAAAACAAAAUUUGCUUCUGUUAAUGAAAAGAAACAAAUCAAGAAUCAUUCCUAUACUAGAGAAGGUUAAGCCAAAAUUAGCCUUUAGGGCUUUAAUGAAUAUGACCCCUGUAGAAAAGUCACAAAAGAAAACUUGUAUAAAUUAUUUUAUUUAUUAUUGUAAUUAGAUCUACACAAUCAAAGUUGUCUUUUCACCGUCUGUGUUUUGUUAACGUGAAAUUGUAGUUAUAAGCAAAAGUUGGUUGCUUAGGGAACAAUAAUUGUAUAUUCAGUUUAACAGAAAUAAAAGAAUAUUUGUCUUAAAAUGCAAGAUUGUUUGUUACAUAGCCUUUCGCCAUGCAGUUACAUUAUAAAAAAUUGUAAUUUCAAAAGUGAAAAUGACUUGUGCUGUUUCAGCUUUAAGGGGAAAUGUUUAAGUGCAACAUCAGCUCCUUAAAGAAAAAGCAAAGUGAUCUAGGCUGUGUCUCCCCUGCAAGAGGGAAUUUAAUUUACAAUUACAUGAAAAUCAUGUAUCAGACUUCUGCAGGAGAUUCUUCAGCAUACCUUACCCAGCUCUUAUUCAAGUCCAAAUACAUAGCUUUGAAGAGACCUGGUAAGUAUUUCUCCUUGGCAGCCUCACUUUCCCACAUCAUGGAAGUACAGAUUCGCACAUAUACAUAACAUGAUGAUAGAAAAUAAGAUAUAGUAAAUUAGAUUUCUAAAUUUUGGUUCUAAGUCUCCUUGUCGAUACCAGUAGAUCUAAAAGAAGAAGAAUUAAAUAAAAGUUUUAAGUAAUAGCACUGAGCCAAAUAGUAACAAUUUAAAAUACAACUUCUGUUUCCACUGUGACCAGUUUCCUCUGUAUGUACUUUUUCCCCCUAAGUGAAGCUAAUGCAGCCAGAAUUUUAUUCUUAGUCUUCAUAAUUCAAGUAGUACCAACUGAGUUUCCAUAUCCGAGAUCAUACCUAUCCCUGCCUUCUCAGUUAAAUUUGUUCUAUGUUCAAAGUCUACCAAUCACUUGGCAAGUCAUCCAAGAACAUAUACCUUCUAGAGAUAUUUAAAUACAUUUGAGUAAAAGGUACAGCUCUUUGAGGUACUGAAAGACAACUUUUAAAUUCUUUUAACUGAUUCAGAUUGCCAGUACAAACUAGGGCUUUACACAUGCAAGUAUUUGGUUUAAACUAGCUCGCUGUUAGUCACUUCUGGCUUUAGACCAGGAAUGUGAAGUGAGCAUCUCUGGCUGCUUUGUUCCCAAGGCUCUCAAGAUGGGAUAGGCUGAUUCUUCCCUCAGGGCAUAGGAGUACAGCAAAAUCAGUGAGUUCAAAGCUUGGAAAUGUCUCCUGGUUUAUUUUUAACUCAGGUAAGCACAUUAUUUCUGAUUUAGGCCCUGUAUGAGACAAAACAAUUGUGUUUAAGGGUUUACUGUUUUGAUUCUGCCUCUCCUCAAGGGAAAUGAAACAACAGCCAACGAAUGAAUGAACACUUGGCAAAUACCCAACUGAGGAUCCACCAUCUUUAUUUCUUUACCUAAAAGGCUUCUUUGUAGUAAAAUUAAACAUUGUUGUGGAAAGGAUACAACUGCAGUUUUAGGUUUGCCAAGAGAUUUUAGUGUUAAUUACUUUCACUGGGGAAGAUAAAGCUCAAGAGAUUAAAAUAGACUACUUUUUAAAUUAUUAGAAGUAAGAAGGAGUAAUGGCAUUUCCCAAAGCCUGUUGGGCUCUGUAUGUAGUCCUUGAAGGAAGAUGAAUUAAGAAAAUUACAUCAACUCUUUGGCCACCUGAGUUUUUUGGGUUUUGUUUUAUUUUUGCUAUUAAGGUAGUAGUUUCCUUUUAGGGUUACAACUUUGGGAUUUAGGAGAAAAGGAAACUCAGAUAUAAUGAGAGAUACCCUGAUACCCUUUCAUUCGUGCCCACCCAAGGACGGUUUUGUAAUUAGAGAUAUCCUUUCAUA